UGGACCACCUGCCCCCCUCCCCCCCACGACCCACCUGGACCACAGGGACGCCGACCCACCUGGACCACCCGGAUCAUCCGACAUGGACGCGCGGAGCCCCAAAGCCCGGGGCGGGGACGCGCUGCGGGACGCGGCAGAAAACCUAUUUCAGGAACUUCAAGAACAUUUUCAAGCUCUAACUGCAACUCUGAACAUUGUACUGGAAGAAAUGGGAAAUCGCAUCGAAGAUUUACAGAAGAAUGUGAAUGACUUAAUGGUGCAAGCUGGGAUUGAAAAUUCUAUUAAAGAACAAAUGUCAAUCUGGUCACAGCAGUGAGGGCCCAGCAGGCACCAUCCAAAGACACUAUUCCAAGACAUGGGACAGCAGACACUACCACCCCCACACUCCAGAGACAACGGAGCUCCAGGAGGCCACUUGCCACAGUAAGCGGCAGAGCCUGGCGGUGAAACCAGACAGGGCUGCAGGGUGUGGCCCCGGCUCCCCACAAGAUGUUCGUGGGAAGAUCCUAACCACCCACCCAUCAACAUGCUGCUGGGGUGAGAGACACUCAACACUGUGAUAAGGAAACCAGCUGUAUGUACUGAAGAGCUGUGGUUUCUACAGAAAAUACAGCCUACUUAAGUUCGUUAGAUACGAUGUUUGGAGGAAUAAGAAACGACUUCUUGGGGCGCCUGGGUGGCUCAGUCGGUUGAGCGUCCGACUUCGGCUCAGGUCAUGAUCUCACGAUCCACGAGUUCAAGCCCCGCGUCGAGCUCUGUGCUGACAGCUCAGAGCCUGGAGCCCGUUUCAGAUUCUGUGUCUCCCUCUCUCUCUGCCCCUCCCCUGUUCAUGCUCUGUCUC